CAGUCUAUUAACGCUGAAUUCGUUCGAUGAGUUAGGUAUUGACAUAGCCGGACGUUCAUCUCGAAAUUGAUUCUUCUAAGGCAGCCAAUGCGAAAAGCAAAUAACAGCCAAUCGAUUUGUUUAAUAUCAUAAUACUUACUUUAAACAUGUAUAGAACCGAUCGAUGAUAAGAAAGCAAUAUAUGACAAGGGGCUGCAUGUCUAAAUUAUCAGUAUUUAAUAACAGGGCCGGAUACACAGAUAACCUCUCGCUAUGAAGGAUAUACAUUUCUUUUGGUUUCUGAAGCUGUUCGUUUUACCGGUAAUUGGAGCGGAAUUUCGACAGGCAACGUUUAUAGUUAGGAAAGACUGUUUACAUACCGGUUUCGACUCCAGUGAUGUCACUGCGUUUCUACCUGACCACGAUCUUCAUGAGUGCUUAUUAGCUUGUAUGGAUGAUCCCAACUGUCUCAGUGUGGCUGAAAUAGAAUCGGAUCAAACGUGUAGUCACAGUAACAUCACUCUCUCGUCUGCCUGCGAACCAAGUCAAUCCUUGUAUGGAUCAGAGAUUCUAGAAAAGAUGACAAACACACUGACUUGUAUGAACAGCGGGACGUUAGACAACGGCACGUGUCUGUGUCUAGGAGGUUACGUCGGACAGACAUGUGAACGUCUGGCUACAGAUUGUGCGGAAAUGGGCCAAUACCCUUAUUAUGUUGAUCAAGAAGGAUAUUUCCAGAUACAGCCUUCUUUAUCUCCGUCACCGAUCACCGUGUUCUGUAGUCUAUCGAGUUCUUACCCAAUGCCACGUCUGUACUUACAGAGACAUUUCUCAAAACAGACCGUCUUCGACAAGACCUGGGCGGAAUAUGCAGAAGGAUUUACUUUCAAUGACACUAAUAUGUGGCUUGGUAAUAUUUACCAAAGCUACAUCACCAGAUCACAUACCGACUACAACCUCAUUGUAGAACUGGCGGGACCUCAGUGGAGUACCAUCAAACAGAGGGCGUACUACGGUUUUAGAGUGGAGGAUGAAGUAAACUAUUUUAUCAUGACAUUUCAGUCAUCAAGUACCUACAUUUAUCCUGAUGCUGGAGACUCUCUGAUAUAUGUAAACGGAUCAAACUUCACGACCUUGGAUCGGGAUCUAGACGGGAUGGCUCUUCAUUGUGGUGUUGAACGGAACUGUGGUUUCUGGUUCACCGCAGGCACGAAGUGUGGCCAGAGUAAUCCAAACGGACUACUGAUACAGACUGCCACCGAGGAGCGGCUCUUUAUCGAGGAUGAAGUGUUCUGGACCUACGACAUGGGGAUUUGGUCACCGUGGUACAUUCAGAUGUACUUAGAAAGGACGCUCGUUAGCUAGUUAACGGGGAUUCCUAGUUCAUGAAGAUGUUUUUAGAGAGUAUGCAUAGACACGUUUACUUGCGAUGUAAUUACUGUUAACAUUGGUGUUAGAUUUGAAUAAAGGAAGCUGUUUGGUUUAAAUGUCUUACUUUACUCUGUAUUCAAUACUGGCGAAAUAUCUUCAUGUACAAUUAUGUCAAAUUCAUGUUGUUAGACAA